AUGCCACCACGAAGGGAUCCUGGGGAAAGUUCUAGCUCCAAUCCAGUGGAAAGGGAUCAGGAGCAAGUUGAGGAGGAUAUCUUGUUGCGUGAUUUGGUCCCACCAAAAGGGGGACAAGCGAGGGGGACCGUUGAUCCACCUUUUCAGAUAAAUGAGAAUAGUUGCAGUGCAUCAUCGUUACAAUUUGUGCCACCACCGACACCACCACCACCACCACCACCUUCAAAGAAUGAGUUGGAUGAUAUUCUUUAUCACAUUGCAAAGGUGGAGAAGCGUAUUAAUGCCAUAAAUUUGGCAACGGACAAGUUGAAGAUUACAUUGGCUACUUACAAUUUUGUGGGCGAUGCUGAGAUUUGGUGGAAGACCGUUUCUCACACCCAUAAUUUGGAUACAAUGACAUAUGAUACUUUUAAGAAAUUUUACUAUGAGAAGUACUUUCCGGCGCCUAAGUGGAGGGAACUAAAGAAGGAGUUUGAUGGGUUGAAGCAAGGAAACAUGACAAUUACAGAGUAUGAGAACAAGUUUACAUCGCUUUUAAGGUUUGCACUGGGGAUUGCUAAUGAUGAGGAAGAGAAGAUAGAGAAAUUUGUUAAUGGCCUUGAUCUUACUAUCAGGCCAAUUGUAGCUGCCUCAGAACCGACAGAGUAUACUAAAGCAGUGCGAAAGGCCUUAGUGGUUGAGGCUGAGAGUAAGGACAGCAAGGCUAUCAGGGAGUCCUACAAGCACAACAGGGGUAUGAGUGCUUUCUCUGAGGGUCAAUCAAGUAAGAAGCAGAAGCAUGAGCAGUCAGGGUUCAGGGGACAAUAG